GUUAGUACUUUGAGGAGACCACAUGACAUUUUGUGUGACGCGAAGACGGCGCCGGCCCACUGUUAAAAGUUUUAAUCUGUAUUCGAAUAUUGAAUUGUUUUAUCAUUCAGAUGAUUUCUAAAGAAAUUAUAUCUUCACCACCGGAAAGACUCAGAGUGUACACGACACUAUAUACCUUGACACUGCGCACGAGAGACCAGGUGUUUAUUAGUAUGUAACCUGCAGGGAACGCCACCUGUGCAAGGGUAAGCAAGCAACUGUCGUCCUUGCUGCAUUUUUGCGUAGCUCGGUGUGUCGUCUAGGGAUGGUCGCCGUGGUCUAUAAAAGGUCGUGGUGGACCUGACAUUCCUUGGAGUCGAUUGUAACCCCGUGGCGGAAAACUGCCCAGGCGCCACAACUGUGCAGCACCUUCUACGUGACGGUACAGUGGUGUGCCCUUGAUGCCUCUCGCAACGUGUGCAACUUGCUUACCGGCCGCAACAGCUUACUUGCUUCGUACUGAAGGGCCUGUAGUGCCAGCAGGACCGACUCAGCAGAUUUUUUUCCUGUAAGCGCCGCUGGACUGUGGAUUCUGCACGCGCGCGUGUGUGCAUACCGGCUGCCGGCAGCAGGGGCACGGCUCGAGCUGGCAUUCCAGAAAUGAGGCAAUUGUGAUCUACGCUUGCUGUCGAGGCUUGUGGCAUUGCGCUCCAGCCGACAACCCGUCUGCUAGACGAGGAAAGUUGUUUUUUUUUUCGUUUGGGGGUGUAGCUAAGCUUGCUGCCCGAAGAGUUACCUCGCCUGCGUUGUAUCGUCCCGGCGUUUGGUGCUGGCCCGGCAGUGCUGGGUGUAGUCGUCGAACCUGCAAUGGCGUCGUAUCGUGUUGUGAUGGGGACAUGGUCAGUGUUGCUCCUGGUCUAUGGAUGUACCUAUGGGAUGAAGGUGAUGCAGGUAGACCCAGACAGAGGGGAGGUACUAGCAGGCAGCUCCGGGCACCAACCGGUGGCCCUCAUGUGGGGAAUAGCUGACACCACAGCAACCGUCGGCCGCCUCUUCCAGUACCACAUUCCCAGCGAUGCUUUCAAGGGAUCUGUGGAUAAAUAUGUGGUGCUGGAGGCCGGUAAAGACACUCUGCCCAAGUGGCUUCAUUUCGAUGGCGAGCAGAGCGUGCUCAGAGGUUACCCGGCCCCGCCCGACGCAGGGCAGUUGUACUUGGAGGUGUUCGCCCACGGCAAAGACGGCUCGACGGCCAUGGACGUCUUCUCCGUCAUCGUCAACCCAGACUCGCCUUCCCUGUCCUCCAGCCAGUCGCUCACCUUCAGAAAGUCCGGUCUGGACGUCGUUCGCUGCAAGCGGGAGGAGCCUGAGACCGUCGCCACCAUCAUUGUGGACGUGGACAUGGAGAUGCUGGCGGCUGAUAAGCAAGUGUCGCUGGUAGACCGCUUCCUGUCGCACAUGGGGCUGGGUGAGGGCGUAGUGAAGGUGACAUCAGUCGUGGGAAACAUGGAAGACGCCUCGGCCCUCGUCACCGGCGUUGGAGACGCCAAGAAUCCCCAGACACCCGGCGUUUCCCUCUCUUGGCUCGUCGGGUGCGGGAAGGUGGAGGUGGGUCAGUUCGCGAUCUUGCAAAAGCUGGACGACGACUCUAGCAGUGGCCAGAUGGCCAAGGCCGUGGGGCACCCGAUCAUAGGAUGGCGAGUGACUAACACUCGCCUGCAGCAGCAGCACGCCGUCAAACGCCGCAGGAGGCAGGUGCAUGCCACACCUACUCCCGUCAUCACCAUCUCGCCGCCAACAGCCACCGGCACUGUGGUGGACACGGGUACCUCGGACACAGACACCAUGACCCACAAGAUUGUGCAUAUGACGUCGCCUACGUUCACCAUUGAGCCGACCCCAGCCGUGCCAGAAAUGCCCAAGACAGCCACCCAUGCAGACGUCACUACACCUAAGAUGGUCAAACCUGACGCGAUUCAGCCCUCGGAAACCCCGGCGCUAACCGUGGAGGCAUCCAAGACGGAGAUGCUGCCCACAGAUAUGGCAACGCGCGUGCCAUCCACUACAACUACCACCACCCGACCCGUCACUCGGGCCCCCAAACCCACCACACCUAAACCAACCACCACAACCACGAAGGAAACUAUUACCACGGAGGCAAUGAAAUGUCUGAAACCGGACAUCAAUGAGGCAAUCAGCCGGGUAAACGUAAACGUAGGCGAAAUGCUGGAGUACCGCAUCCCGGAGGAGACAUUCACGGCGUGUGGCAAGGGCGGUACCAGCAGCCUCCAGCUGACCAUGUUACUCAACGCAUCAUCGCGCAUCCCCGAUGACUACUGGAUGCAGUUUGACAGCAAGAACCAAGUCCUCAGGGCUCUGCCCAUGGAGGCGGAAAUCGGACGGCACUCUGUGACGCUUGUCGCUAAGUUGCCGGACCAGGAAAUCAUUAUCAACACGUCCUUUAAAGUGCACGUGCGGCAGCCCGGAAAGAAGAACGCCAUUAAUCAUGAAAUCAGUAUGACCUUUGACGCCGACUAUGCGACCUUCGUCAGAAGCUUGGACAGCAAGCUGGACCUGGCCCGCCGGGUGGCUAGCGUGUAUGGCGAGGACAACGUGAGCUCUAUGACGGUGACUCGCAUUGCUCCCGGCUCCGUCGUCUAUGCCUGGUCUAACAAAACCCUGGCUGGCACUGGUUGUCCGGUAGACGACAUCAGGAGCGUGGGCAGUAAGAUCAUCCGCGACGAUGGUACGCUGUCGGAAGAAGCCAUAGAGAAGCUAAGGCCCUGGAGACUAGUUGGUGCAUUCCUGGCGCCGCUGGGCGAGUGUCAGCACGACUCCGCCUUCCCUGUUCUGUCGGCCACAAUGAGACCCGUCACUGCACGUCCUGAUGCUAUCCCUGACAUGACCACAGCAUACAAGCCCACUUCCAGCGUCGCUAUGCCGGAGGUGGUGAAGCCGGACAAGACCAUGGCGCCCACCUCGCCGCCUAUGCCUGCGCCUAACACCACAGAGUCCGUGGCUAAGGGCUCCACCACCAGCACUGACGACAUCUGGAUCACGACGGUUGUGCCGGCGGUGGUGAUUGUGUCCAUUCUGGUGUUGGCGCUGCUCAUUGCCUGCAUCCUGUACCGCAAAAAGCGAAAGGGCAAGAUGAACCUGGAGGAUCAAAACACUUUUGUUAAUAAAGGCGCGCCAGUCAUCUUCCCCGACGAGUUGGACGACAAACCCAGCGACUCCACCAAGCCGCUACUGCUGGAGACACCGCCUGCCCCGCCCCCGGAGUACCACCGGGGUACCAGCGAGAGCCCUGAGAGGAGGACCGGUCUGAAGGAGACAACACCCCCGACGGACGAGGCUGACCCUGAUAUAGAGGAAACUAGUGUCACCUCCCCUCUGUACCAGCCUCCACCCCCCGUUACCUCCUCCAGCGGCAAGCAGGCGCGCCCACAUGUACAGCAGCCGUACAAAUCUCAGCCGCCUAAGAUCCAGCCGUAGAGAGCAGUGGGACCCGCGUCAAGAGACUGUGGCAGUGCAGUUUAUACUGAUGAUGCUUGAGUGGUUCAUGACUUGCCGGGAAUGGAAGGGGGGGGGGAUAUUCCAGUAGGAGACUGUUGGGAGAGACUAGGCGAGAUCUUCUGCGGGACUAUGCAAAACAAGGACUCACUUUGAACCUUUCACCUUCUGGCUGGAUGCGCAGCUGUCGUGCGCUUGUUUCGAAUGUGCGGCACUAGACUUAUUGCUGGAGUCCUGGUGUUGUUAGUGUGGAUUGUGCUUUAAGAGAGAUUGCCGACAGGUAGUGGAGGAUGUUUCCUGACGGGACUGCAUAGUACAGUUUUCAACAUUUUCCUCGCUGGCUUCGCUUCCAUCUUGGUGCUUGAAUUUCAUACCCUGCUGGAGGCUGAACGUUGCGGUUCAAAGCAAAACAACCUGGAUCCACAUAGGACUCAACACAGCACAGCGCUGAUCAGAGAUUCCAUCAUCUAUCGUUCCCCAGUAUUUCUACAUACGCGAAGUCUCCUCUGUGCCACACUUUUUAAAAUGAUAAUUAGCCUAAUUAAUGAUCGUCUGCCUGGCUGUGGGCAGUCAGAGUGGCGUGUGUGCCAAUAUGUAUAAUGUUUUUAGCGCCUUUACUGGGUACACUUUUAUCUCGAUUUGUUUUAUUUGAUUGUAAUUUUUAUUAGUUUUUUUAUAAACAAAAUUUUAUGCUCUACGGGAGAUAACUUACUAUGGCGUAUACAGGGCCCGUGGCCAUAUUGCAGCAUUCCCCUUCCCCAACAACACUACCAUCUAGGAAGAUGUGGUGGGAUACAUUUUUUAGGCUGUAGACCUUACAAGUAAUGUCACGGUAUAGAAGUGCAGAUUUUUGGAGAAAGGAUUGCCAGUUACUUAAAGUAAUUGCCUUAAUGUCUACAUGGUUCUCCACAAGCAUUGUAGCUCAGGGUACAAGUAGAUUACAACAUUUAUUAAAAUUGAUUAAAUCAUUGCCAUCAAUCCUUUUUUACUCAGUUUUUUAGACUAUUAAUAUUCGCUGUUGAAAAUAUUACUACUAUUUCUUAAUGUUAGUCAGAUAAAGAAGCACUAUUAGUAUUCUAGAAUGUUAGUGUAAUAAAGGAGCAUUAUUGUAUCGCUUAAUUUCAUUGCUAUAUAAGACUAUUUGAAUCUUCUGGUAAUGGAUGUUUUAAUAUUAUAAUUUGUCAGCUGCAGUUUAUGUAACUGUAACAUGAGCAUUGUCUAGUUGCAAUAAGGUGUGACAAAGGUUUGUGGGUAUGUAUGAAUGCGAAUGUGAAAAUUACACCCUGCUUGCCAGUAUGGAGAGGAGAAUCCAGUCAUUGGAGAACAAGUGCCUGAGGAGGCCACUCCAUAUCUCGGACAGAAAACAUGAAACCAACGACUUUGUACGAAGCACGGUUGACACUCAAAGGACACAAGAAACUCUAACAGUCAAGGGACGUAAGCACGACCCGGCACGACACUUCAUCCUUCAAUGAACCUUGGAGGGUGGUCGACGCCGCGGUGGCCAGAAGAACUGGCUUGCAAAGAUCAAGGAGUGGAAUGGUCCAUCAGGACCUGCUUCCCGUUGCCCAAACACAGGCGCGUCUGUCUAUGUGCUCCCCAAAACGACCGUGCCAGUCAAGGAAUGAAUACAUGUGUGAGUGAGAAUAAAAAUGUUACGUGGAAGGUGUAACACAAGAUCGUCUUAGUGAAGAAAGUACGUUGAAAUUGUGGGGUACUGUGACGUCACAUUGGCGCUGUAUUGCACAUGCUUGUGAAUAUUUCCCGGCCCUUGGUUUCCCACCCUUCAGUGUGGGUACAGAGUUUGGCUUUGUAUGGGAGACGAUGGUUUUCUGACAGAAAUGCGUGUUUGUGUCCGCCUGUCCGGCUGUCUCGGUUACUUGUUUACACACAUUGAGGGACGAGCUGGGCCAAUAUGCAAUCAAAUACGUAGAAAUAUACAAAUUUAGCAAUCUUUCACAUUGUUUUAUCGAGUGGCUAUUAUUGUCUUCUAGAUCCGGUUGGCAUGGCGACCACAAGGUGGCGGUCUGUCUGUAUAGGAAGGUUAGGUUUGGGUUGAAUGCUAUUGGAUCUGCUUGUGAAGGGGAGAGGGAAUCUCCCUCCCACCGCAACUGCAACCAUCUGCAUUUUCCCGGUUCAUGUUUCAGAAACUGUGCAAAAGAGUGAGUUGGCCUGCCGGUGUGCCUCAUGGUCACACUAGUGCCUGAUGCUCGCCGCCGACCAGACAUCGCACCGUGCAGUUGUCGCCGAAUCACAGGCUUCGCUUGUCCAUCGUCGUAUGGACCUAUUCUAACACUGGCUUCACAGGGGAGAGAGAAGAUAGGGGAAGAGGCGACAAAUAGUUGACACUUUUCCCUGUGCACUUGCCUUGCCCUUGGAUCGGCGCUAGAGAAGCUGGGAACGGUAGUCACUCACGUGACUGGGAUCCGUAAAAUAUUCCUGCUCCCAGGCGUUCCUGAAAAGAUAAUGCAAGCUUGCAAGCUUUCCUCAUUGUGUAUGUAGGUGUGUAUGUGAGUGAAAGAGAUUGUAUGUUUUGUGAUUUUGUGGUCUUGAAUUGAGUGAAACGAGCAGGCUGAAGUCCAGACUAUGAACAUGUCGGUUCUCUCAUUUCUAUUUUGCCCUUUCACAGAUACGUCACCCAGGGUGUGUCACGUCACUGGGUGGUUCUGUAGCAUGUUACUUGCCUAGCCUGCCAAGCGACUGUUCCACGUCUAUGAUUCUUUCUGCUUGAUCUGCGUGUUUGAGGCAAAGGUCACGUGACGAGCAGAAGUCACUAACCGGCUUGUGUGCAGCAGAGAAAGAACAAAGGCUGCAUGCGGUUACAUCAUCUAAAGACAGGGUCAGCCACACAGCGCGAGUUCUCAGUGUUGGAACCUAAUGGCACUCGAGUGGCUGAUGAAGUUUUGCUGAUUCUCUGAGUUUGUACUUUCCUCAGACUCCCAUGUGAGAGCCCACUGCCUCUAAACAACCUGUCGAUAGACAUAAAGGGCACAUAAUAAUUGUGUGAUGUUUUUCUUUUCUUCCAUUUUGUGAAUUGUACUCUUGAGCUGCCUUUUGGGGGAAUUGGUUUCGUUUGUAUAAGCUGAGCAUAAUCUUUAAAGACUGGGCUGUAAUACUUGGUGCUUUUUAUCGCAGGGUCAUAAGGUUAGGAAGUGUUUGUGUGCUAGUGCUUAUGGUUGGGCUGAUUGUGCAGGUGGUAGGAGCACGCUCAUCAAUAGCUGUCUCCAAACAAAAAGAUGGACAAGAGGAGGUAAACACGUGCUAAAAUGUACAGGUCAUGGCGUUUGCUGGUGUGAUUUGCGUCCGCUGAUGCUAGAAUGAGGAGAGGAAAACAGCAGUUUUAAUUCCUCACCCCAUUUUUUUCUUGAUUCUUAAGGGGUCAAAGUCGUUGACUGCAUUGAGAGCUCAAGAAAGCUCUGUUGAAAUCUUUUUGCACAAUAAUUCCGCGUGUGUCCCUGUGGACUGUGGACUGUUGUACAUUUCCUUGGUCUUUUCAUGUACAUUUUUGAGCGGUGUACAGAAGUAGAACAGUAGACACGUUUUACAAAAGCAUUUUCCUGCUUGCAACGGUAAUAUAAUAACUCGCUUUGCCAAUGUUAGUAGUUGCAUAAUGUUUCCAGAUUGUUUGGGUUAAAAAAAAAAUUAGUUCAACCGAUAAACAUUGGCUAAAAUAACCUUUGCGAAAGCCGCAUUAAAAUUUUAGGUCGUUGUUUGUUUGUUUUUUUAACAGUUUGAAGGAAACUGGAUGUAAAUUACGGAAAACAGAGUACUCGAAGAAAGAAAAUUCAGUUUGCGACCUUUUUUGUAUUAUUGUAUUGACACUGAUGCCUCACUAACGUGUCACUGUUUCAGAAUGAAGCUUUUAGAGUUUUGGCUGGUUGGAAAAAAAUGUUUUCUUUAACCAUCAACAUUAUUGCCAGAACACGUUGGUGUCUUCUGCUAGUUACCCAACUGACUGAGGUAGGUUUGUCUUGGGAGCACACUUGAGAAAGACGAGAAGCGAGCGUUUUGCUGAGCACACGGCCACACUUUUGCCAGAACAGUUUGGCAGGACGGACUCAUUGUCGGGUUGGUAAUUGGUGGAGCAAUGACUGCGAGAGUGGCGGGUCUAGUCAAUGCUCUUUUCGUGGUUUUGUGUCGAUGGGGGGAAGCACUUAGAUGCAGACAUGUUGUUUCCAUUGCCGAAGCAGCGAGCACCUUUGAGGCACGUGCAUGUGACAGGCAGAAGGGGAUUCGGCAAACUCGGAAACAAGAGGUAGAGAUAGGGAUGCGAACUUGUCACCUGCGGCUUUGUUGUCUGUGUCCGGUCUUACUGACAUUACUAGUCGAGACCACUGCUAUUGAUAUUAACACCGGGCGCGUGGACAGCGCACGUGUACGUCUGUGUCGUCGUCUACACCCUGGGUACUCAAGUAUUCGAAAAUCUUGAUGAAUUUACGUCUGGUUUUAUUUGUAUGCCUGGUAAUCAGUUAAUGGGAAAUUCGUUUUAUGUUGACGUUUGGUUGUAAUGUUGUGUUGGCUUUUGUUUGUUAUUUUAUCCUGGCCUGUGUUGAUUGCUGGCAAGCUUGUUUGUGACUGGGUGUCAUGCUGGCAAGCAUUAUAAACAUUUAGACGGAGGUAAGACUGCAACAUGUUUUUGUACUCGUGAUUGUGGGUUGGCUUGAUUACUCCAGUAACGGGCUUGUGUGGAGGUUGGUUUGGUGGUCUGAUCGCGUGCUGUGUUUGGGGGAAGGGAGGGAGGGGACUGAGACUUGGAGAGCUGGCGUUUGUGGACUCGUUCUAUUUGAAAAUUCCAUUACUACUCAAUAGAAGUCCGCUUACAGAGAUCAUUAGGAGUUUCGAAGCCUGAUUUAACAAAGUUUUGUUAUGGUUUGGUAACAAUGAAGUUUCAUACUUAAGUUUACGGCAUCUUUCUUUACUCCUCAUCGUUUCAUUUCCGUAAUGGUUAGCUGCACUUCCUUUUUCUUUAAAACUAGAAUUAUAUGGCUUUACAAGGACUUAUUCUCUUUAUAUUUUGCCAUCAACCAACGAUGUCACCCAUUUGCGUCCCUUCUCUUCAACUUUUAACUUUUUUGUUUGUUUUCGUUUUGUGGGCGUGGCCUUUUGCUGGGACUGCUUCUUCACACUGUAAUCCUUCAGCAUCGGAACUAACAUUAGCUAUAUCAGUGUAUUUUUCUCAGUUGUGGCAUUUUUCUGUCUUACAGGAAUAUUUAUAAUGCUUUCUAGUAUUAUUAUUGGCAUUGUUGUCAAGUUGUGUGUCAUCUACAUUACGCUGCGGUUGUUGAUGGAUGGUGUACUGCCAGUCAAACAGGCAGUGUUCGUGUCCCACUAGUAUCCAGUAGUUUCAGCCCUGGCCACAUGCGGGCAACUAACUCCUGUAGACUGGAGGUCGUACGGACUGCGUUAUCUGCCCCUCUUAACAAUGAAGAUGCCUUUCUUUGUUAGCAGUCUCACAAAAUCGUCGUUAAUGAGAGAUCGUUGUAUGCAAAAAUGUUAAGCAGAUAUAAUCCAUUGGACAGAUAAUUCAUCCUGAAUGUGUGCCUAAUAACAUUAUUAUAAUAAUUAUCAUUUUCAAGAGGGGAGGCAAUGUGUAGCAGUGAUAUUUGUACCCAUCUCACCUCGGGAUUGUAUCCAGACAGAAUGGACUGCUUGUGUUUCUAUUUUUAAACUCGAUGUAUUUGUGUCUACAUCCUUCUGAUGCAUAAGCAGCCUCUUAUUCUGUUAUGAGCUGUGUUUAGUCUAAACUGCUUUUAAAAUACACUUGGCUGAAUAUACACACUUCAGUUCAAUUGUAAUAUCCAGCUCACCGUCAGUCAUCUUGGAAAGCACGUGUGUAAGCAGUGUUUGUUACAGGUGUGUGUGUGUGGAUGGUGUAUGUGUGUGUUCCAAAAGACAUGCGCGCGGCGCUAGACAGAAAUGAAGAAUCUCUCAGUAGGCUCUGUUUCUGACAAAAACAGGUUUAUUGGUGAGUACAUUUCUAAGUUUAGUGAUGUUUACAUAUGGGUGUCGUUGGUGUACGAUUGAUCCUUGCCAUGGAAUCACAUCGCGAUGCCAGGUAGCGAGAUGUUGACAUCCGACCUCUUGCACUUCCAAAGAUGUGUCAGAAUUUCUGCGAGAAUCUCCUUGCAUGUGACUUGCCUGUCUGUCCACAUCCUGUCGCCAUGUUGGCCGUACGAGACAGGUGAUUGCUGUGUCGGUGUGACUGACUGUCAUCAGGUUCAGCAUUUGUAAACAUCGUGUAUGUCUUAACCUCCCUGGCACUUUGUACAAGUCUUGUAACAGCCAUAGCCUGAUCAUUAAACAUGUACUAAGUGUA